CCGUCCCCACCGGUAUUGUACAGUGAAGUUAUACAGUGACAGACCCGUCCCCACCGGUAUUGUACAGUGAAGUUAUACAGUGACAGACCCGUCCCCAUCAGUACUGUGCCCAGUGUUAUACAGUUUCAGACCGGUACCAUACCCCGGUGUUAUACAGCGACAGACCCGUCCCCACCCGUACUGUACCCUGCUGUUAUACAGCGACAGACCCGUCCCCACCUGUACCGUACCCCAGUGUUGUAUGGUGACAGACCCAUCCUCACCGGUACCAUACCCCAGUGUUAUAUAGUGACAGGCCCGUCCCCACCAGUGCCAUACCCCAGUGUUGUACAGUGACAGACGCAUCCCCACUGGUACUGUACCCUGGUGUUAUACAAUGACAGACCCGUCCCCACCUGUACCGUACUCCAGUGUUGUACAGUGACAGACCCAUCCCCACUGAUACCAUAACCCAGUGUUAUACAGUGACAGGCCCAUCCCCACCGGUACUGUACCCUGGUGUUAUACAGUGCCAGACCCGUCCCCACUGAUACCGUACCCUGUGUCAUACAGUGACAGACCAGUCCCCACCCGUACCAUAUCCCGGUGUAAUACAGUGACAACCCAUCCCCACUGGUACCGUACCCCAGUGUUAAACAGUGACAGACCCAUCCUCACUGCAGGGCCGGACUUUAGGCUGGGCUGCAGCCCAGGGGCCCGAGCUGCAGAGGGGGCCCCAAAAUAGGUAGCUAUCAUCUUGGCGGACAAAAAAAACACGAGUGGAGCACAGAAAAGAAAAAUAAAGAAGAAAAAGAGGACCGUGAGAAAGAAGCAUUAAAAAAGGCAUUGAAAUUGACAGAAUUUUUUACACCUGUUCUCGAUGAUGCAGCAGUACCAUCGCUCUUGUCAGAGUCUGAGACCGGUGGACAAAUGGAGACUUGUUCAACAGCUAGCGCUAGCACCAGCGUUAGCACAGGACCACCGUCCUUGCCACAGUCAGCAGCUAACUUUGAAGAGGCAGAGAGCAUGACUCUGGGAUUCCCGACCACAGAGGCCUCUGAACAACCAAGUCGGGCUGCCAUUAAUGUUAACGUUACUGCUACUGAGGAUCCUUACAACACUGAUCCUGCUCACUGGGGAAAGGAAACGUUACAUGGUUCAGUCCGAGCGUACUGGGCUAAGAAAGGGCCGGAGUCCUGCCAGAAUAAGGAUAUGGAUAUCAAAGCUUUGGAAUGAGUAUACAAACAGCAGAGACAUUUUUUCUCCAAAUUUCACUUCAAACGCAAGCUCGUAAAUGAUGAGUGCAUAUCAAGGCAAUGGCUGUUAUAUUCCUCUUCCACCGGCUGUGUGUUUUGUUUUGCAUGCCACAUCCUCAGUGAUGGUAACUGUCUGUCCAUCUUCGAAACUGGCUUUAGCGACUGGAAACAUGCCGCUGAGCGCAUAGGAGAGCAUGAAAAUAGCGAACACCACAGGAAAACGAUACUGACCUACGUUACACUAGCGUCUGAUGGCGGAAGAAUAGAUACAGAACUGCAGAAACAGUUCGAGUCAGUGUGUGUCUACUGGACCGACGUAUUGAGAAGAGUGUUGGUGGUUGUGAAGUUUUUGGUCGAGAGGGGACUGGCUAUCCAAGGCUCCAGUGACAUAUUUGGCAGGCCUGAUAACGGCAACUACAUAGGCUCAGAUCCACAAUGGGACAGGACAGGCUGAGUCAUCUUACUCCGAUGUCACUUGAAAGUGAUUUUGUUCGGAAACUGGAUCUUAGUGCUCUGAACAAGGAUUUUGCUGUGAAGAAAUCCAGAAGAAUUGGGCUUUAAUUUUGAAAAACAAGCAUCUGACUUUUGCCGAAUUGUCUGGAUCCCAUACUUACGCCUGACCUCUUCCCAACGUGAGAUGUUGCCCCGGGAGAUCGCCAGAGAGUCGCCAGUCCUGCCCCGCCUGCCGCCUCCAGCCCACAGCUGAGCAGCGUGGGAAGGGAUGUGGGCGUCCCCCUCCUCGCCGCCGCAGCCCAGCCAUGGCCGGGGGGGCAGCCCCUCGCUGGGGGAGGUGCGUGAAGGAUUCCUGUGCCCCCUGUGCCUGAAGGACCUUCUGUCCGUUCAGCAGCUCCAAGCUCACUACGAGGAGGCGCACUCCAGCGACGAUGACAGACACAUGGUGGGCCAGAUUAAAACCUUCUUCGGCAGAGCGAAGCGCAGGCUCCUGAAGAGGGACGAGUCGGGCCAACUGGAGCCAGAGCCCCAGGACCUGGUUUACACAGGUGGAGUGGACACCAGCAAGUGGGAGCCUCAGGACCUCGGCGUGACCAGGAGCGUGAGGAGCGAGUUCCAGCAGUGGCGAGGAGCCCGGAUCAACCACUACGUCAUUGAGGUCAACAAGUUGCUGAUCCGUUUGGAGAAGCUGACUGCCUUCGACCGAACAGCUACAGACCCCGCCAAGAAGAAAGCCCUGGAACGCUCAGUGGUGAGCUGGGUGAGUGACCGGGACGUGCCCUACUGCCCCGACUGUGGGGCCCACUUCUCCCUCACCCUGCGGCGCCACCACUGCCGUCUGUGCGGCUCGAUCAUGUGCAAGCGGUGCUCCCACUUCCUGUCCGUCCACUUCGCCCAGAAGCUGACGAGCGCGGUGAGGGCCUCAGUGACAGCAGGGAGUGCGCCGGUGGGGUCAGAGCGGAUGCCGAGUGGAGGGGAGAGCAGCCGGAGGUCCAGCGUGUCGAGUGUGGGCUCCCUGCUGGAGGACAGCGAGGACGACCGCAUUGUCUCGUGUGGGCACUGCUGCAGCAUCCUCGAGAGGCAGGAGAGGAGGCUGGAGGAGAGGGAGAGUUCGCCCGUCAUCUGCCAGCUCUACCAGAAACUGCGUUCCUGCAUUGUCCGGGUGGAAGAGCUGGCCCCCAAGUACGGGAAGAUGGCUGACUCACUGAAUGCGGGGGAGAGCACGUUCGGACUGGAGCAGGCAGUUCAGCUGAGGAUGGAACUGAUGAAGCUGUACGAACGCAUCGACCUUCUCAGUAAGAAGAUGGCCUCGCUGGGAUUGAGUGGGGAGCCCCCUCCGCAUCCCAAGGCUCUGCAACUCCAGAAGAUGAUCCGCUUUUCGGCCGCCCACUUCCUACAAGAGAAACUACUGGGCCUGACCAGUCUCCCAAGCCUGGAGAAACUGGAAGAGCUGAAGGAGAAACGAAGGCAGAGGGAUUUGGGCGUCCCGCCCACGGGACAGGGUCCCAGCAGGGUGACGGUGGGUGAAGAGACUGGCUGGCUGGCCUCACCGUUGGCCCCCGCCCAGCGGCCGGGCUUGCAGCCCCAGGACCCCCUGCUGGAGCAGAUCGACAACAUCCGGAACUUCCUGGCCCAGGCGCGGGCGGCAGGCAGGCAGAGCGAGGCCCUGGCGCUGGAGGAGAACCUAGACCAGCUCACCCGCGAGCUGGAGGCCCAGCGCCGGAGAGAGGGGGCCGGUGCCCCCGGCUGGAUGGGCAGCGGGCAAGCCGAGGGCCACGGCCGCAAGGACCCCCUCCCCGGCAGCCGGAUCCUGGCGGAGCGUCGGUUCGGCGACCGGGUCCAAGAGGAGUGUCGCUCUGGCAACCCCUUUGAGGAAGACCAUUGCUCCGGCAACCAAUUCCAGGAGGAGCAUCGCUCUAGCAACCAAGUUCAGGAGUGUCGCUCUGGCAACCCCUUUGAGGAGGACUCUUGCCCCGGCAACCAGUUACAUGCGGAGCGUCACCCUGGCAACCUCAUGGUGGCCACAAACCCCUUUGAGGAGGAGGGUCACCCCGGUAACCCCCUUGAGGAGGAGGGCUGUCCCGGCAACCAUGUCAGCCAGGACAGUUGUCUGGCCAACCCCUUUGAGCAGGGCUCUGGCCCUCGUAACCACGUCCAGAAGCAGCGAGGCAAACCAGAGGCCUCCAACCCUUUCGAGGAAGAGGAGGAGGAGGAGAUCGAGGAGGAGUUGCUGAGGCAGCAGAUCGACAAUAUCAAGGCCUUCGCCUUCGACGCCAAGCAGGCUGGCCGUCUGGACGAGGUGGCCAGCCUGAUGGACAACCUGUCUGAGCUGCGCAGGGCACUGGAACACCAGCAGGGACGCCGCCGGCCACGCUAACCACCUCCAUCGGCCUCUGGCGGAGGGAUCUGCCCCCAUGCCGUGGCCCCCUGAGUUCCCCAGUAGGACGGGGCUGGGGAAGGGGUCCUGUCCUGUUCUGUGCCCUCGAGACCGGGCUGGCACCAUCCCUUCUGGGAUCCUACUAUGCCCUCUCACCAGUUGUGGCCGUGGGAGGGGAUGCCAUUUGGCCGUUACACUACGACGCGGGGAGCGGUGGGGGGGGUGGAGCAGUUCGCUUCGUCGACAGCUUCCCAUCCCCUGCCUGCGGUUUCCCCAUCACACUGCACGUUCUACGCCCGCUUGUGCUGGUCCCUCGCCGGGUUUGGUGCCCGACUCCCCAACCUGCCUUCUCUGACAUUCGGACAAACAAACGUUCAACCAGGAUAUUCCUUCCCCUUCCCCCUUCUGCACCCCUUCCCCACUCCCUGCAGUGUACCUGCACUCCUGAGGGCUGACAGCCUUGUAUUACUGGUCCGUCCAUCAUACUGACUCUCUGCGUCUCUCUCUGCAUCUCUCUCUCUGCGUCUGUCUCACCCUCUCCCUGCGUCUAUCACUCUCUCUGUCUGUCUGCAUCUCUCUCACUUCUCUCUGUGGCUCUUUCCAUCUCCCUCUUGCUAUCUCUGUCUCUCACCCUCCCCUCACCUCUCAUCCUCUCCCCUCCCCUUCCUCUCCCUCUCCCUCCUCACUCGAUCCCUCUGUCGCUCUCCCCUCAUUUCUCCCCCCGUCUCUCUCUCUCUCUCUCUCUCACACACACACUCUUGCUGGAGUUCCAUUGGGAGGGAUGACCGUACACGGGUGGGAGUGGGGAACACUCUUGCAUUCAUGCUAUCUGUGUAUAACUGAACAUCGAUCAUGUUAUGACUAGAUUCUCGCAAGUAAAUGUUCAAACAGUGGACACGUGUCGUGGGCU